CGAGUGACGACCGGAGCGCUCCCUGGUGGCGGCUUGACGGACUUACUCCAACUCUGGCUCCGAGUUUAGGUACUUCUAGCGCCGUCUGUCUUCCUGUUGUCGUGUGUUUUGAUUGCGUGCACGUGGACUCACCCAAAUAUCGUGCAAUUUAUAUUUUGGGUUUCCCUCUUUAAUCAGCAAAAAUGGGAAAAAGUUUAAGGAGUAAGCGCAUGAGGCGCAACCGUCGUGAGAAGAGGGUUGUUAAUGGACCUAGAGUGAAGGCCAAACUGAUAAACGCUCUUAAUUUUGAAUAUAAUGAGCAGACCGAAAAGGCUCAUCUCUCCAUAUUCCAUGAAGCUAUGAAUGGACCCCCACCAGCAGUGCCCGGUCUGGAGCCUGGAAGCAAGUUAGAAAGGACCCACUUGACAGUUGCUCACCAAACACACGACGAAAUUAAAGGUCUUCUCCAAAGAAGAUCUAACCGGAAGAUUGCAGAGGCUGUUAAAGCACUAACCGGAGUGACAUCGCUCAACCCGGAGUGCAAGAGGGACAAAGCACUACUUGAUGAGAUGGAGGCAAGAGCCGCUCGGGAAGCAGAGAAACUGGCCAGUGGAGUGGUUAGAGUCUACGAUCCCAAAACAAACAGGGAUCAGUUUGGUAACUACCCUGAGUGGAUGAACAGUAAAAAAGUCAGGUCAAAAGCACAUGCCAAUAAGGUUCAGAGGAAAAAGAUGCGCAAGAGGUUAGCAAAAGGUAAAGCGCCAUUAAAUAAUAACAAAGAACAGAAUGAUAGUGAAAAUUCGGGUGAAUCUGAUAUGGAGUGUGAACCCAAUCUACUAUUAUAAUUGCAACCCAUAAAUUUCUUUAAUGGAUCUUUAUUUUUCUGUAAGCAUUGUUUUGAGAGGUUUGACCUUUGUGGUUACUCAUUUUGUGUGAUAAUUCUUUACAGUCAAAUACAAUUACAAAAUUACUGUCAGUAUUUUAUACUGAAAAUAUCCUGUUAAAAUAUUCUUAAUAAUGAGUCCUUAGCAAUCAUGUCCUGGCAGAACUUGCUAUAAAAUUCAGAUUGUCUUCUUUGUACAUAAUUUGUUAUGUUAAUUUAAUAAAUGUAACUUCAACUGGAA